CUUACUUUUUAACGAUCUUUGUUGCGGAGUGAAAUAGGCGGAGUUAAACCGGAGCAAAAUCAAGAUGGCCUCCUUCUCUGAAAGGAUGGCGCCUGUCUUGGUGCUCUGGCUGGCCAUGUGCCUGGGCGCAACAUGGGCCGUGGACAGGGGCAACUUCAAGACCUGUGACCAGAGUGCUUUCUGCAAGCGUCAGCGGGCCCUCAAACCCGGCGACUCCCCUUAUCGAGCCCUGCUGGAGACCAUGGAGCUGACAAACACCAGACUCACCCUGCAGCUCAUCAACGACAACAACAAGGUGCGUCUGCUGCUGGAGCUUUACCGUCUCCAGGGAAACAUAACGAGGGUGAAGAUAAACGAGCUUAAGCCGCUGAAGCCUCGCUACGAGGUCCCAGACGUGCUCAUCAGGGACCCCCCUACAGAGCCCCUGUCAGUUCUGUCUCAGGAUGAGAGCGGAGUUGUUCUGUCCUUGGGGGCGGAGUCUCAAAGGGUCAUCGUUAGCGUCCGGCCCUUCCGCCUGGACAUAAUGGAGGGACACGAUGUCCUGAUGUCACUGAAUUCCCGCGGCCUGCUCGCCUUCGAGCACCUGAGGAUGCGCAAGGACACUUUCUCCUAUAAAGUAACUAGCACAGUGGCUAGCGUGUGGGAUAAUAUCAAGAGGGUAUUCUCUAGUCGGGCAGACCCCGAGGCUGAGAAGAAAGAGGAGGCCGAUUCUGCAGACCAGGCGGAGGCAACCAAGGAAGAGGAAGAGAAAGCGGAAGAGGGGAUGUGGGAGGAAACAUUCAAGUCCCACUCAGACAGUAAACCUAACGGUCCGUCCUCUAUUAGUUUAGACUUCUCAUUCCCGGGGGUGGAGCACGUCUACGGGAUCCCUGAACAUGCAGAUGACCUGAAACUCAAAACAACAGAUAACGGAGAUCCGUAUCGUCUCUUCAACCUGGACGUCUUUCAGUAUGAAUUGUAUAACCCUAUGGCCUUAUAUGGGGCUGUCCCAGUUAUGCUGGCACACAAUGCCCAGCGGACUACCGGGAUCUUCUGGCUCAACGCUGCAGAAACGUGGGUGGAUAUAAGCUCCAACACAGCUGGAAAGACUGUGUUUGGGAAAAUGCUGGAUUAUGUUCAGGGAUCGAGUGAGAUACCACAAACUGAUGUCCGCUGGAUAUCUGAAAGUGGCAUCAUAGAUGUCUUCAUUAUGCUGGGACCAACACCCAAACAUGUCUUCUCCCAGUAUGCCUCUCUAACAGGCACUCAGUCCUUUCCUCCUCUGGCGUCCCUGGGUUACCACCAGUGCCGCUGGAACUACAAUGACCAGGAAGACGUGCGCUCUGUGGACGCAGGCUUUGACGAGUAUGACAUUCCUUACGACUUCAUCUGGCUGGAUAUCGAGCACACGGAUGGGAAACGCUACUUCACCUGGGAUCCGCACAAGUUUGCAACGCCAAAGGAAAUGCUGCAAGGCCUUCUGGACAAAAAGAGAAAGAUGGUUGCCAUUGUUGACCCCCACAUCAAAAUAGACAGCAACUACAAGAUUCACAAUGAGAUUCGCUCUCGAGGGUUUUAUGUCAAGAACAAGGACGGUGGGGAUUAUGAGGGCUGGUGUUGGCCCGGUAAUGCUGGUUAUCCAGACUUCACUCGUGCCGACAUGAGGGCCUGGUGGGCCAGCAUGUUUGCCUACGAUCAGUACGAGGGCUCCAUGGAGAACUUGUACACGUGGAAUGACAUGAACGAGCCCUCAGUGUUCAAUGGGCCUGAGGUCACCAUGCACAAGGACGCAGUACACGGAGACUGGGAAAACCGGGACGUACACAAUAUUUAUGGAUUAUAUGUGCAAAUGGCCACAGCAGAGGGUUUGGUCCAGAGGUCGGGAGGAGUUGAACGACCUUUUGUCUUGACCAGAGCUUUCUUCGCUGGGUCCCAGCGCUACGGUGCUGUGUGGACUGGAGAUAAUGCAGCUGAAUGGGACCACCUGAAAAUAUCCAUCCCCAUGUGUUUGAGUCUGGGUCUAGUUGGAAUUUCUUUCUGUGGUGCUGACGUUGGCGGGUUCUUCAAGUCGCCGACUCCAGAGUUGCUUGUGCGCUGGUACCAGACGGGGGCUUACCAGCCGUUCUUCAGGGCUCACGCUCACCUGGACACGCCCCGCCGUGAACCCUGGCUCUUUGGUCCAGAGAACACCGCUCUGAUCCGGGAGGCUAUCCGCCAACGCUACACCUUCUUACCCUACUGGUACCAGCAGUUCUACCACGCGUACCGCACCGGAGAGCCGGUCAUGAGACCCCUGUGGGUGGAGUAUACUCAGGAUCCGGCUACGUUUGCUGUGGAUGAUGAGUUCUUGAUUGGCCAGAACUUACUGGUGCAUCCCGUCACUGAAGAGGGAGCUAGAGGAGUAACUGCUUACCUGCCUGGAAAAGAAGAGGUCUGGUUUGACAUCCACACCUUCCAGAAGCACAACGGCGCUCAGAACCUUUACAUUCCUGUCACCAUGAGCUCUAUCCCCGUGUUCCAGCGCGGCGGUUCCAUCAUUCCUCGGAAAAUGCGAGUUCGUCGGUCCUCCUCCUGCAUGGAACACGAUCCUUACACUCUUUAUGCGGCUCUGAACGCUCGGGGGGUUGCAGAGGGUGAGCUUUACAUGGAUGAUGGCCACACGUUUAACUAUGAAAAGAAGGAAUUCAUCCACAGAAGGCUGUCCUUUUCCAACAACGUCCUCUCUUCUGUCAACCUGGUUCCUGAUUCCCACUUCACGACUAACUCAUGGAUCGAACGGAUCGUCCUGAUAGGAUCCAGCAAACCCGCCAAGGUCACCCUCAAGACUGCUGACGGUAUUGAAAGUCAGCUGGAAUUUGACUUUGAUGCUUCCAUGUCGGUUGUGACGGUCCGUAAGCCCGGAAUGAACGCAGGAGCAGACUGGACUGUGACGCUGGAGUAACCAUGGAAACGGAGGAGCAUGAGAGCAAUGACGGAGAAAACACAUUCAAACUAACUAAAAAGAAAAGAAUAGCCAGAAUGCGGACAUUAUACCCUCACUUUCAUGUAGAUUAGUUAGCCAAGCAGUCAUUUCUAUUUUUCCCUGUUUGUGCAGUUUCACUGUAAAACCGGACAAAUAGAGGUUAAAAGUUACUACUAGACCAUUGUGUUUGUCUUUUUUAAUAGUUAAUAAUUGAGGGGUUAUAGUUUUGUUUUGUUUUUUUUAAAAUUGGAAUUGCAAAAAUUUGAUUAUUUUUUUCUAGCUUUGCUCUCUGGGUAUUUAGCCAGAUUAAAUUAUGGAUAUCGGGGAUUAAAGAUGAAGGCUACCUUUUUCAAACUGCACACACUCCACCCUUUGCUGGCCCUUUUUGAUUCAAAAAUAAGUCAUUCCUUUAUUUGGCCACGCCCAUAAAUCCAUGUGGAUAUUCCUUUUUGUUUUUGUUUGUUUUUUUCUAAUUGUGCACUUCCCAUUAGAAAAGGCUUGUCCACAGUCUUUGAUCUUCUUGUUUUUCCAGCAUUCCCUCAUGUUUCCCGUGUGACGGUGUGGGCGGGCCUCAUUGGUUUUUGUGUCUUGGUUGUCACGUUUGCAGAGUUCAUCUCUACAUUGUUCAGUGGUGACUUCUGCAGAAUAAAAACGAUUGGUCAUUGACUUUGGACAUGAGGUUUCUUAGCUCCUGACCAGAAAUUGGAAUUUUAAAUGCUUAAAAAUCUAGUGUUUGAAAUGCAUUCAAGGUCUGUACCACUCAGUGAGGAUCGUUCUUUAAAUGUUUAGAUACUAGUCUUGGCUGUUUUUAAAUGCACUUAACAAAAAGAAAAGUUGUUUAGAUUUAGGCAAAAAUUAGGACAGUCCCUACCGUCCACCUACUUUUCCAUCCCAAAUCACAGUUAAUCCUCAUUUUAAAACGAUUAAAAAAAGCUUUCAGCUUCCAAAAUAACCUGUCCAAAUGUAAACAUGAAGCACUUCUAAAGAGGCAAGUUACUUUCUGGAGACUAAUCUAUGUGGUGUUGAAAGAAUCAGAAUUCUUGAGGGGUCCUUGGAAAAGAUGAUUUUUAUGAGGAUAAAUGUGAAAACUGAUGCGUUUUUUCUUUUUUUUUUGUAGCUCAAUCAAAUGGAAGUGAAAAUUUCUACUUUGGCUGUCGCAAUUGAACAAUGUACUCUUAACAGAUGAGACCAAGUGGAAAUAAAGCUGACCAAUAUA